AUGGUUGGUGCGACUCGAAGUGGUUUGGUGCGAAGAGGAAGAAAUCAGGAGAUGUCUCGAAGUGUUGGUAAUGCUAAUCGACCUCAGUUGGUUGAUGAUUCAAGUGAUGUUGAAGAAGUUCAACCAAGAAUUGUGCCAUAUGGAUCCGACAGCGAUGAUGAUUCAUCUCAAAGUGUAUCAGUGAAGAAUCAAGUAGAUCAAGGGGUAGAUGAUCUCGAGAGAGAAAAUCCAAUUGAUGACGAGGUGGAGUUUGUUGGGAAGCGGAAAAAGAAGGAUCCUGUUUCGGUGUCUGAUACCGAAGUUGGGGUUGAAGAAAUCUCUGUGCAAGAACAGAUUGAGAGACAUGCAGAGAAGCAGAGGAGCAAGAAACAGAGAGAAGUGGCAUCCGCUAGCAAGAAGAAAUCAGCUUGCAAGUCGAAACGACCAAGAUCUGUAGAACCAAGUGCUAGAAAUGUUCGGGCUAAAUCUGGGUCUCAAUCUGAUGUGUUUGUCUCCAAAGCAGCAAAAUUAAGGUACUCUCAGUUCUUUUCUAGGAAUUUUACGGCUGAGAGACAAUUGGAUAUGUCUAAAAAGGAUGAGUUUGGGUUCAUUGAGAAGAUAUUGUCGUUAGGACUUGGACCUACAAUUCAUGAUCCUUCGGUGUAUGUCAAAGAAAUUAUCUAUGAAUUUUAUGCAAAUUUGCCAAAUAGAAAGGCUAGGGAUGGUGUUCAAGUGUUUGUGAGAGAACAUUGGUAUGAAUUUUCUCCUAAGGCAAUUAAUCAAGAUUUUAAUAUGGCACCUUUGACUAGAGCUGAGAUGAAAGCUGAUGCAGCAGUAGAUAAGUUGAGUCAAGAUGAACUUGCAGAGUUUUUAAGUGGUGAAGACAAGUCGACUUGGGCUACUUUAAAAGUUGCGGAUCUACCUGAGGAAAGUGCAGCUCUUUUAAUGUUAGCAGCGUACAAUUGGGUUCCCUCGAAACACAGGAAUCAUCUUUCGGUUAAGCGAGCUCGGGUAGUUUACAAGAUUAUCAAGGGCAUCUGGUUUGAUUUUGGGCAGUUGAUUUACAAUCAGAUUAUGAACAUAAGUUGGAAAGAUCCUACUCGCUAUGUGGUGUUUCCGAGAACAAUCUUUGAAACUCUUAGGGUUCAAGAAGGUCCGCUUGAGUGGUCAGAUGAAGAGGAAGAUGUAUAUGCUGAGUUUUAUACAAAGGAUGCCAGAACAGGACAUAUCUAUGAUGUUAAGCAUAAACUGAUUCCUGAGACUAAAGAGUCGACACCAGUAACUCCAGCUGGCAGGCAACCUGCUGAGGGAUUUUCUUCUACUUCUGAGGUUAUUCAGUUGGGUAGCAUUCGUGUGCCACACAUUGGUCAAGAGGAUGUUGAUAUUUCGUAUGAAGCAUUGGUCGAUACAGCACAAGCUCUGCCAAAGACUUACGGAAGUAGUACAGAGGCUCAUACAGAAUCAUCCACUUUCCAAGAUGAUUUGAGAUGUUUUUAA